UUGACGACUAAAAACAAUUCAAACUUCCUUUAUUUUGCAGUUUCGAAGGAGACAGCCGAACAGGCCAUGGAAAUGGAAUUAGGUCGAACCACAGAGUAAUUGGGUUCGGACGACACUGAAAAAAGGCCAGGUGAAGAAAGCACACAAUAUUGGGGACAGCGACGGAGAGAGCUUCGCGUCAAUUGAACGCAUUCGGGUAUCUUCGCGUCAAGUUUGAAUGCUUUGUUCGUCGUUACGGCUGCGUUUCCACUUCGAUGAAACACCACUUUACAUCGGGGGAGCUGGAAGAAUCGAAAUCUUGAAUCCAUCUCUCGAGAGCUGAAGUUUGAUCUGUAAUUGGAAAUACCCAGAUGGCCCAAAAUCAAAGGCCCACCAGCAUUCUUGAAUCUCUUGGGGAAGAGAUUGUAAGAAUCGUAGCUCCAGUUUCAAUCUGCAUGUUCUUGGUGGUCAUUUUAGUCUCUGUCCUCAACUCCAGCUCUUCGUCUUCUGCUGCAGCAGUUGGCUCCAUCGCCACCAUCGCAUAUAAUGAGAGCACCUCCGAUUCCUCGUGGGACAAAUUUAUAGGUGCUCUUUUAAGCUCCCUGGUGUUCGUGGCUCUUAUAACUGUGGCUACGUUUGUUAUGGUGUUACUUUUCUACCUAAGAUGCGUCAAGUUCUUGAAAUAUUACAUGGGUUUCUCGGCUUUUGUUGUUUUGGGUUUUCUUGGCGGUGAGAUUGCAUUGUUCUUGAUUGAGGAUUUCCACAUUCCAAUUGAUUGUAUCACUUUUUUGGUUGCUCUCUUCAAUUUUGCUGCUGUGGGUGUUUUGUCUGUGUUCAUGUCAAAAAUGCCUAUCCUUGUAACACAAGGGUACUUGGUUUUAAUUGGGAUGUUGGUCGCUUAUUGGUUUACUUUGUUGCCUGAAUGGACUACUUGGGCACUUUUAGUUGCCCUGGCCCUGUAUGAUCUUGCAGCAGUUUUGCUGCCUGUAGGACCUUUAAGGCUGUUGGUUGAGCUAGCCAUAUCUAGGGAUGAAGACAUUCCAGCCUUGGUUUAUGAGGCUCGGCCUGUGGUUAAUCAGAAUUCAAAUCCUGGGGAUAUGGUGCAAAGAAGGAUGAGGGUGUGGAGGGAAAGAGAUCAAAUUUCGGACAGUCGUCGUGAGGUUCCUGAUUCUGUCUCCGAGGCAAAUGUGGUUUCUGAAUCGAAUGUAGAUGAGAUUGCAACAUCCAAUUCAGAUCCUAGUUAUUCUCAUGAUGUGAAUAGUGAAUCAGCUGUUGUUAGAGCUGAAGAGGGCCAAGGUCCCACAGGGAACGGUGAGCUUCUUGUUCCAUUAAUUGAUCAUGGAGUGAAUGUUCAGCCACAUGGAGCAGAAGCUUCUGUAUCAAAUGAGAAUUUGAUGCUAGAGGGAAUUGGGUUGGGAUCAUCUGGUGCUAUCAAGUUGGGGCUAGGGGACUUCAUUUUCUAUAGUGUAUUGGUCGGUAGGGCAGCAAUGUAUGAUUACAUGACAGUUUACGCAUGUUAUCUUGCAAUUGUAGCGGGUCUUGGAAUCACUUUGAUGCUUUUGGCAAUAUAUCAGAAAGCUUUGCCUGCUCUCCCGGUGUCGAUAGCACUAGGUGUCUUGUUUUACUUCUUAACACGGCUCUUCCUCGAGAUUUUUGUUGUACAAUGUUCUUUGAACCUCUUGAUGUUCUAGAUGUCUUUCAUAUCUGAGGUUUAUGCUUUUCCAACAGUAUGUAUCAUAAGAACUGUUGGCAGUUGAAUCUUGAGAAGUUCAAUGACUGGAUUUUGAAAA